GUCGCUGCUCGAAACAAACUGCUCCUUUUUAGUCAGUUUCAGCUUUUUCCAUGUUUUUCGUCGUUUUCGUGCACUCUUGCUUAGUUUACCUCUACCUUUGACAUGCUUUAAGACCCACUCGAUGAACGAGAGAAAUUCUGCGUCCGUGCGAGCAUCAGUAACUGUCGUCUUCAUAGUUUCGGUGCAGUAACUAAGUGUCGGAAAACAACGUGAUGUGUGAUUUCUAUAUAGCGCACACCUGACCUUUGGCACAGGGCGUGGCUUAUUAUCACCUUUGAACUCUGCCAGAAAUGGACACAUGGGCUGCCGAGCUCGAGCAUCGUUUGGAGGCGUUGGAAAUCGACGCUUCGCUCCACACGCCGGCUCAAGAUGAAGAAAAUAGCGAUGAAGAACAACCAAAAGUUGUGCAGGCUACUGAAGUAGUGGCGAGAUAUGAAGAGGCUCUGAGACGUCUGGCUGGCGAUGUUGACCGUCUUCCAGUUAUACUUGAGGAUGAAUCACAGAAACCAGGAGCGAAGGAGACUGUCUGUCGACUUGUUCUCACCCUGUCGGCCCAUCUGGGGAAGCAUUACUGGACCUCACCUUCCUCCAGACUUCAGGCCAGAGGUGUAUUGGAUAGAGUUAUAGCUGCUUGCGGCUGUAGCUCCACCCUCGAGCUGCUGAUUGGUCGACCUGAAUCACAUGAUACCCCACACGACAGUCACAUGACCUCUCCGUAUGUUUCCAUGGCUACAAAAGCGGAAGAAACGGCAGAAUCGAGGGGCCCCAACAGCAUAGCCUCUAUAGACAACGAGGCCGUGGGAAGGGAGAGGGAGAAAGAUGGUGGGAGAGAUAAUAAUAUGGUGUUCCGUGGCGGAGUGAUAAAGAGUCUGUUAUUGCUGCUUCGUUCAAGACUGACGGCAGAGUCGUGGAAGAAACAGCCGACUGCAAAACAUGCACUCAUAUGGACACUCAGACAACUAAAGCACCCUCAUCUCUCUCCCCACAUAAACAGUUUUCUCCCUCCUCUGCUGAUGUUAGUUGACGACCAUGAGAGCUAUCACAAGACGCUCGGUCUGUCAGGACUCACCCAUCUCAUAUCUAACACUGAUCCAACUGAACUGAGGUGGUAUGGCAGAGCUGAUGUGAUCUAUGAGGCCAUCAAGUCCAUGUUGUACAUGAGAGAAGAAGCCAUCAUACACUCACUCCAUUCCUGUCUCAUCAUCCUCCUACCUGUUAUUGAGGGACCUCCCACUACAACCGUCACCAUGCCAACAAAGCCGACAAGAACUGAUGAAGUUUUUCGAAUUCUGCUCAACAACAUUGACAUGGAAUCUAAGAUUACCCUGAGGAAGGCAUAUGUUGGUUAUGUGGGCAGUUACAUUGACCUUCUUGGGAUCUACACAGCCAGACACAUAAAGGUAUACAGUGGAACCCCUGUCAUCUGGACACCAAUGGGACAGAAGAAAGUGUCCAUAUUAGUGAGGUGUCCUUAUUUCAGGGGUUAAAUUGCAUGCAAGAACCGUUCUUGGGGAAGGAAAAGGUUUCCUUAUUAGAGAGGUGUCCUCAUUUCAAGGGUGUCCUUAGUGAGGGGUUCCACUGUAAUAUGCAUGUCACAUUCACCUGCAGUAGUGCUAUCUAUUAUAGGUCCACUGCUAACUAAUAUUCCCAUAUAUAGCAGUUUCUGAGAGUUGUUGUUGAGUGUUUGGAGUAUCCCGACUACUGUGGAGAGGAGACCAGAAUGCAGACUCUGAAAGCUCUUAUGAUGCUAAUGAAACAUAUCUGGCCAAGGGUUCCCUGCCAUAAAAGUGAGAUAAUAAAAAUUCUCUUGAAACUCGUGUCAGAUCUUUGCCCUCAAGAAGACUUGAUUCCCAGCAAGCCAGAGAUCCUCCGACAGCUGGAGUUGGUGUCUGAAUGUUUGUCAACACUGCAGCUCUGCUGUGACAACAUGGAGGAUGUUUAUAGGUCACUGCAGAGAGACUGUGGAGGCCACAGGGGACUGCAGUUCUGUCUUGAGACCAGUCUCAAGAAUAUGGAAUGUAGACAGUAAUAGAAAUUCUUUUCAUUUUUGCACACUCACAAUCAUUUGCACAUGUGCGGUCAUGUUCAGAUUAUGUUCUGCUCUGAUAAUCAGGCAUCAAAACUAGUCUACAUCAAUGUUCUAAUGAUCUCUUCUAAGAACUGGCUACAAAAAAACACUAGAAGAUUUGCUACAGAAUUAUAAUUAUCUUGAUUCCACAGUCAUUAUUAUUUCAUCCUUGCGCUGCCAGGUGCUCUCUCAAUUGGGCGGUUACAGUCCUGGCACAGCUCUCCAAUAAAUACUUUGGGUCAUGAAUCUCCCCCCAAAAAGGGACAUUCAGCAGCACUGAUAAAGCUAAGAGUGGAUUGUCCCCACAUUCCACAGGGAAGCAAGAUAGUAUGAAGUCCUCUCGACUGCUCCGUAUAUCUUGAAGGCACUAGAAGUCACAACUAUGGGCAUGUAUCGACUCCUGCAUGCUAUCUACUACUGUAGCUAGCCUGUGUCAGACUCUCCGCGAGAUGCAAGCUGCAGAUACCACGAGUAAAAGCAU